CUUCAGUCUGUCGCAAAAAAGUUCUUAGAUCAUUAGUGUCACGAAACGGACACUCAUUCAUGGACACCUAUGGACAUGAACUUUCAUGCUUUUUGUUGAUGCACCAUGUUGAUGCAGACAGCUUCAUAUUAGGCAUGUUGGAAUUUUCACCUUGUACUACAACCAUGUAGACUAGGACCAUCAGACUGAGAAGUACAACGUGUGUGAAACAGAAAUCCUGCAAAUCAUGGAGCUCACAGAAGAACUGUCAACUACCCUGGAGAAUUUCAGGAACCUGACGAAUUCAUCAUGGCAAGGCUGUUCCCGUAAUAACGUCCUGAAGACAACAGUGUUCCCAAUCCUGUAUUCUUUUCUCUUCCUGCUAGGACUCAUCCUAAACGGUUUAGCAGUAUGGGUGUUCUUCAGCAUCCCCAGCCGCUCUCAUUUUAUCAUUUACCUAAAGAACAUUGUUGUGGCUGACGUUCUCAUGACUUUGACGUUUCCAUUUAAGAUCCUGUCUGACUCCAACAUGGCCUCGGUGGGCCUCCGCAUCUUCGUCUGCCGUGUUUCUUCUGUGGUUUUCUACCUCACUAUGUACAUCAGCAUCCUUUUCUUUGGCUUUAUCAGCAUUGACCGCUGUAGAAAAACGCUCAACCCUUUCGUUGGCACCAGUUCCAGACGGCUGGCCAACAGGAAGCUCCUUUCAGCUGCUAUCUGGGUGUCCCUGCUGGCGCUUUCUCUCCCCAACAUGAUUCUCAGCAGCAAGGAGCCAAAAUCGGACCAAUUUAGCUGCAGUAGCCUGAAGACUGAACUUGGCUUAAAGUGGCAUGAAGUGGUGAACCAUAUCUGCCAAAUAAUCUUCUGGGGCACUCUGGUGGCAGUAGUGGUGUGUUAUACGUUGAUCACCAAAGAGCUCUUCAACUCUUUUGCCCGGACUCGCAUUCUAAACACGGCGGCUCAAAGCCAGCAGAGAAAAAAGAAAGUGAGAGUGAAUGUAUUCCUCGUUCUUGCAGUGUUCUUCAUAUGCUUCGUGCCAUUUCACUUUGCCCGAGUGCCUUAUACACUGAGCCAGACAAGGGAACACCGGUUUGACUGUCAACAAAAGCUUGUCUUUUUCCAGGUAAAAGAGAGUACACUGUGGCUGUCCUCUCUGAACUCACUUUUAGAUCCGCUCAUCUACUUCUUCCUCUGCACGUCCUUCAGGGACACGCUAUUCAAAAUCCUACGAGUCUCACCUGGAAGGUGCAGGGCCUUGCAGUUUAGUACGGAUACUCCUGCAGUAAGCAACCAAAUGGAAAACCGCCCAUCGCAAAUAUAGUCCACAAGUUCUGUAUAUAAUGUUGAUGUUCUAGACUGUAUAUUCAGUGAAUACUGUGUAAUGUGGUUAGAAAAAACACAUCAUUUUGAAAUAAAAUUAAAAUUAAAGAUAUUGGGACACCUGACAUUUCCUACCAUAUGUGGUUCUUCCCCCAAACUUUUACCACAAGGUUAGAGGCACACAAUUGUAU